AUCAUGCACUAAUUUAGUACAUCUUUCUCUCUCUAAAAAUUUCUUCUCUCUCUAUAAAAAAUUUAGUUUCUCAUAAUUCACGAGGCUUUAGGUGACUUGAGUAACCUUUUGAAAGAGUUCGACUAGCUUAUUCCAUUUUUUUUAUUAUCGAUGGAUCAUCAUCAUCAUCAAUAUGUCGAUUUUGGUUUGAGAAGAGAAGAUAAUAUUGAUAACAACGAUAGAAAAGGUGAUGAAAAUAAUAAUAAUUUGGACCUAAAAAGAGGUUCAUGGACUGUUGAAGAAGAUUUCACUCUUAUGAAUCAUAUUGCUCUUCAUGGCGAAGGUCGUUGGAAUUCCCUCGCUCGUUCUGCAGGUUUAAAGAGAACAGGAAAAAGCUGCAGAUUAAGAUGGCUUAAUUAUCUUAGACCAGAUGUUCGACGUGGAAAUAUUACACUUGAAGAACAAUUGUUGAUUCUUCAACUUCAUUCUCGUUGGGGCAAUAGGUGGUCGAAAAUUGCACAACAUUUGCCAGGAAGAACAGAUAAUGAGAUAAAAAAUUACUGGAGAACCCGAGUACAAAAACAAGCCAAACAACUAAAGUGUGAUGUCAAUAGCAAAGAAUUCAAAGAUACAUUGCAUUAUCUUUGGAUACCAAGGCUAGUUGAGAGAAUUCAAGCUUCUUCUAACUCAAAUAAUCAAGUGAAUAUUCAAAAAACAAAUGAAAAUAUUAUUAUUAACAAUAAUAAAAAUAAUAAUAAUAUUGUUCCAAAUAUGAUUUUUACACAAGAGAAUUAUUCUAGUACAACAACAACAACUUCAUCAGAAAACUCAAUUGGGACACAAAUUUCAGACAUGUCUGAUAAUUGCUACACUAAUUAUCCUCUUAAUCAAAGUGAUUAUGGGGAAAUCUUGAUUAGUCCCACAGGUGGUUAUUUUCAACAAGGUGAUAUUUUUAAUGAUAAUAAUCAUCACCAAAAUAUGAGCCAAUUAUUUUUGGAUGAUAAUGUUUGUGACAAUUUGUGGAAUAUUGAUGAUAUGUUGUUUUUACAACAACAACUCAAUUAACAAUCAGAGGCCUGGGGUUCGAGCUUUGCGUUUGGAAAAAAUCAUGAUAAGAAAUUUUGUAUGCAUCGUGGAUAUGAAUUAAUUAGUCAUACUCCAAUUAGAAUAAACAAAAUCAAGUGUAGAAAUUAUCAAAAUUAGGGUCAUUACUCAUUACAAUUCAUCAAAGGGUAGCUUUAUUUUUAAUCUUAAUCUUUAUUUAAGUGAGAUACAUAUACAUUAACCUUUCUGAAGGAUUUGUAACAUUUAUCUCUUUUAGUUAAGGAUUUAUAAGAUUUGUAGCAUUUACUUCUUUUAGAAUUUUAUUCUUUGAAUGGGAAAUUUUU